AUGGCAAGGGGACAGCCUCGGAGGAGUGAAGAGCCAUGGACAGCCUUGCAGAACAGAACAGAGUGCAAAACAAAGCUAAAACUCACAAGGUGUGGCAAGAUUACCCUGGGCAUCUUAACGGCGGUGCUUGCAGCAGUAGUAAUUGGACUCAUUGCCUAUUUUGCUGCCUGUGGAAAAGAUUCUUUCUACUACCAUGUCAGCUUUAAGGUUAACAACAUUGACUAUGACAGCAAAUUUGCAAAGCCAUAUUCUCAGGAAUACAUGGACCUAAAUAAAAGGAUAGUGUCUUUGAUGAAUGAAACAUUUCAUGAAUCAAAACUGAGAAAACAGUACGUCAAAGCUCACACUGUGCAAGUAAGCAAAGCCAAAGGGAAGGUGGUGAUACACGCUGUGCUCAAAUUUAAAUCCUGUUAUAAAAAUAAUGUAGAAAAAUACUGGGAAAGCAUUGAAACCAUUUUGUAUCAGAAACUCAAAGGCCAAACUGGAUUAUGUAUAGACUCUUCCUCAUUUAAAUUUUCAGACAUUGCAAUGCCAAUAGCAGAAGAUCUUCUCAAUACAUGUUGUGGACGACGCACAAUUACUCAUGGAGGUUACAAAGUAGCAGGAGGCCAGGAUGCUGAGGAAGGAGAAUGGCCCUGGCAAGCCAGCCUUCAACAGAACAGUGUCCACCGAUGCGGAGCCACUCUGAUCAGUAACUACUGGCUUAUCACUGCUGCUCACUGUUUUAUACGGGCUGCAAAUCCCAAAGACUGGAAAGUUAGCUUUGGGUUUCUUCUAAGUAAACCACGAGCGCUACGAGCUGUCGAGAAUAUUAUAAUCCACGAGAACUACAGUUACCCUGCACAUGAUAAUGACAUAGCUGUUGUGCGUCUGUCCUCGCCACUCUUAUAUGAAAGCAACAUCCGAAGGGCUUGUCUACCAGAAGCUACUCAGAAAUUCCCACCCAACUCAGAUGUAGUGGUCACUGGAUGGGGAACGUUAAAGUCAGAUGGUAACUCCCCUGCCAUUUCUACAAAAGGAAAACGGAUAUAUUGUUUGUUGUCAACAUAUAUUAUUAACUGUACCCUUUUUUGUCUCCAGGGUGAUUCUGGUGGACCAUUGGUUAGUGAAGAUUCUAAGGGCGUCUGGUUCCUCGCUGGUAUUGUAAGCUGGGGUGAUGAAUGUGCACUUCCAAACAAGCCUGGUGUCUACACUCGGGUGACAUACUAUCGAGAUUGGAUCACAUCCAAAACUGGUCUCUAG